CAUGUUCAAAAAUGGCCGCCACAUGUGUUUACAUUUUGAAUGCAACACAAUUAAUGUUGCCCGAAUCGUUUUAACUGAUAUGAAAAUCACCGAAGUAAUUUUGACUUGAGACAACAAGAAUGACACAGUUAAGUGUGCGAGGGGUGUCAAUUGACUUUCCCUUUGAACCAUAUGAAUGCCAGAAGGCUUUUAUGGAAAAAGUCAUUGAAUGUCUUCAGAGGGAGAAACAUGGAAUUCUGGAGAGUCCCACAGGAACAGGCAAAACACUCUGUCUGUUGUGUUCUUCUCUGGCAUGGCUUCAAGGUCGUAAGGCUCAAGUUGACCUCAACAAGCAGAUGGGUGUGGCAUCAUUAUUUGGUGACAAGGAAAACCUUCAAGAUGACUUAAUGAAAAAAAUCUCGUCCAAACUCCAGCAAUCGUCUGGUUCUUCAUGGGGUACCAAUGAGUAUGUGGUUCCGAAGAUCAUCUAUGCGUCCAGGACACAUUCUCAGCUGUCUCAGGCUGUUCAGGAGCUGAAGAGGACGACAUACAACACUGUCAACUCCUGUGUCCUGGGAUCCAGGGAGCAGCUGUGUAUUGAUGAGAAAGUCAGCAAGGAAACAAACAACACAUCUAAGGUGCAUAUGUGCAGAGCCAAGGUGCAGGCAAGGCGAUGUCACUACUACAACGUGCUGGAUGAUAUGAAGAAAACUAGUGAAGCCCGUCAGAUUUUGGGCUCUGUCGUGGACAUUGAAGACCUGGUGUCCAAGGGCAAGAAAAACAAGUAAGCUCACAUCAAGUCUCCUGCACCAUUAGCACAAUACCAUGUAUCCUGUAACUAGGCAGUGUGAGCCCUCCUCACCCCGAUGGUAAGUUGAGCCGUCUUGUUGUGACACUCCUCACCCAGAUGGAAAGUUGAGCCGUCUUGUUGUGACACUCCUCACCCAGAUGGUAAGUUGAGCCGUCUUGUUGUGACACUCCUCACCCAGAUGGUAAGUUGAGCCGUCUUGUUGUGAGCCCUCCUCACCCAGAUGGUAAGUUGAGCCGUCUUGUUGUGACACUCCUCACCCAGAUGGUAAGUUGAGCCGUCUUGUUGUGAGCCCUCCUCACCCAGAUGGUAAGUUGAGCCGUCUUGUUGUGACACUCCUCACCCAGAUGGUAAGUUGAGCCGUCUUGUUGUGACACUCCUCACCCAGAUGGUAAGUUGAGCCGUCUUGUUGUGACACUCCUCACCCAGAUGGUAAGUUGAGCCGUCUUGUUGUGACACUCCUCACCCAGAUGGAAAGUUGAGCAGCACUCCUCACCCAGAUGGUAAGUUGAGCCGUCUUGUUGUGACACUCCUCACCCAGAUGGUACGUUGAGCCAUCUUGUUGUGAGCCCUCCUCACCCAGAUGGUAAGUUGAGCCGUCUUGUUGUGACACUCCUCACCCAGAUGGUACGUUGAGCCGUCUUGUUGUGAGCCCUCCUCACCCAGAUGGAAAGUUGAGCCGUCUUGUUGUGACACUCCUCACCCAGAUGGUAAGUUGAGCCGUCUUGUUGUGAGCCCUCCUCACCCAGAUGGUAAGUUGAGCCGUCUUGUUGUGACACUCCUCACCCAGAUGGAAAGUUGAGCAGCACUCCUCACCCAGAUGGUAAGUUGAGCCGUCUUGUUGUGACACUCCUCACCCAGAUGGUAAGUUGAGCCGUCUUGUUGUGAGCCCUCCUCACCCAGAUGGUAAGUUGAGCCGUCUUGUUGUGACACUCCUCACCCAGAUGGUACGUUGAGCCGUCUUGUUGUGAGCCCUCCUCACCCAGAUGGAAAGUUGAGCCGUCUUGUUGUGACACUCCUCACCCAGAUGGUAAGUUGAGCCGUCUUGUUGUGAGCCCUCCUCACCCAGAUGGUAAGUUGAGCCGUCUUGUUGUGACACUCCUCACCCAGAUGGAAAGUUGAGCAGCACUCCUCACCCAGAUGGUAAGUUGAGCCGUCUUGUUGUGACACUCCUCACCCAGAUGGUACGUUGAGCCGUCUUGUUGUGAGCCCUCCUCACCCAGAUGGUAAGUUGAGCCGUCUUGUUGUGACACUCCUCACCCAGAUGGUACGUUGAGCCGUCUUGUUGUGAGCCCUCCUCACCCAGAUGGAAAGUUGAGCCGUCUUGUUGUGACACUCCUCACCCAGAUUGAAAGUUGAGCCGUCUUGUUGUGACACUCCUCACCCAGAUGGAAAGUUGAGCGGUCUUGUUGUGACACUCCUCACCCAGAUGGUAAGUUGAGCCGUCUUGUUGUGACGCUCCUCACCCAGAUGGUAAGUUGAGCCGUCUUGUUGUGACACUCCUCACCCAGAUGGUAAGUUGAGCCGUCUUGUUGUGACACUCCUCACCCAGAUGGUAAGUUGAGCCGUCUUGUUGUGACACUCCUCACCCAGAUGGUAAGUUGAGCAGCACUCCUCACCCAGAUGGUAAGUUGAGCAGCCCUCCUUACCCAGAUGGUAAGUUGAGCCGUCUUGUUGUGACACUCCUCACCCAGAUGGUAAGUUGAGCCGUCUUGUUGUGACACUCCUCACCCAGAUGGUAAGUUGAGCCGUCUUGUUGUGACACUCCUCACCCAGAUGGUAAGUUGAGCAGCACUCCUCACCCAGAUGGUAAGUUGAGCCGUCUUGUUGUGACACUCCUCACCCAGAUGGUAAGUUGAGCCGUCUUGUUGUGACACUCCUCACCCAGAUGGUAAGUUGAGCCGUCUUGUUGUGACACUCCUCACCCAGAUGGUAAGUUGAGCCGUCUUGUUGUGACACUCCUCACCCAGAUGGUAAGUUGAGCCGUCUUGUUGUGACACUCAGGAGUCUGCAGAGGAGCAAGUAACUGAAGAAAAAGAUCCACCUGGAGAAUCUGGCUUGGCUCCCCCUUUACCACUGGCAAAAGCAUUUGUACUCAGCAGUAAGGGGAUAAAAGAUAGAAAUAUUUGCCCUAGUGUCACAGGCUAAGGACCAUCUUCAAGCAUUAGCCCAUUCCCUAAUUUGGCUAGUUGAGUUAAAUAGGCUGUCUUGCUUAUCCCACAAUUUGCAAAAAUAUUGUCGUGACCAGUGACUGAGUGAGUCGCAAGUACGGCCAACCUAGACUAGCCAGACAACAGCAAAAACAACCAGUAUCAGUUGUCAUCAGUUUAACAAUUAGCAUCUCAUUCGUUGGUUAUUCUUAGUUAGGGUUUGUAAUGUAUUUGGAGGAAGAUCAGUAGUAAUUUAGUAAAAUGCCCAGUUACAGAUUUAGACACAUUAACACGAUCCAUAUUUAAUCAGUCUCAAUGACUGAGACAAUUCAGGUAAGACUUACCUUUACAAUUAACCAUUUUGUGCCACACCUUUUUGAUAACUGUUUUGUUUAUUGAUAAUUAUUUGAGAACGACUGUAAGCCUGUUAGUAAGACUGUAAGCCAUUUUGGAAGUAUAUUGUCAAUAUUAUUCUGUAUUCUGUGUGUGAUUUGUGAUCCUAAAUACUCUUGCUGUGUUCGCGAUGAAAAUGUUACAUGUGACCAAUUAAAAAUUAACACUAAGAAUUAGAAACAUAUUUCGGUGUCAAUAAAUUUGUGAGACAGACUUUCUAAAGUUUGUACACGUUACGUUGUAGGCAUGUGGUUGCUGUGAAAUGAAUAAAUUAUUUAACUUAUCCCACCACAACAGUUUGCAAUAUUCCUUCUUGCUUCGAUUAUAUAACAGUGUGGAACAUUGUGAAGACAAUAAUCACCAGAACACACCCUCCGACCACCUCGCUCCCAGCAUCCUCCUGUACUCACCACUUUUUCCUACAUCGCCUGUAGUGAACGGACGUGUUUGCUUCCAUUCCACAUUUACAAUUGGAUUUGUUUGUCAUUUCGGUUGGAAUUGAAUAUCUUCCUAUGCACAUGUUUCUGCGGUACGGCUGGGGCGAGUCCAAAUUUACUACCCGGGUACCCGCCCCCCAUUACCCGACCCUACCCGGAGACCCACUCUAGGUCUCAGGAGAUGUCUCUAAAUGGCUGAUUGGGAACUUUUUUAGCAUAGCCCUGGCCAAACGUAUUUAGAUUCAUGUAUUACACAAUCUGGUCAUGCAUACACUGAAGUUGACUUAAGUUACAUCUUUAUUCAACCAUAUGAAAAAUCUGAAGGAAUGGGUGCAUAUUCAGAAAGAAAAACAAACAUUAAUGACUUGUAGUGUAAUUAUAGAUUUCUAGAUAAGUUUAGUCAUUAAACAAUAUAUCACAUGACUAACCAUGGGUCCCGGUAGUCCUGUGGGUACUCGGGUCCUACUCAGUACCCACCCAACCCGGAUACCCGAGUUACCUAUCCCAGCCCUAAUCCGCGGGUCCCUAGACAUUUCUUUUCAGUAAAUAUAUCAUAUAACGGCUGCUUACCUUACUCAUACAUGUUCUUUCCCUGCCAUUGUUAAAAACCUUUCGCCACACGAAAGCUCCGUUUUGGUUUCCAUUUCAUGUGUUUUUACCUCCCUCGUUUUAAGUGAACGGUUGCGUUUCGUUUUAUGUUUGUUAUAUUGUCCUUUCUUAUUCUCUUUUUCUGUUUAAAACUUGAGAUAUUAUGGACAAUGUGGUCAUUUCGGAGACAGUGUUGGUGUUGACGAUGACCUUCUACGCCCUCUUCAAAAGUGCGUUGACUGCCAUGGGAAGAAUUCGGCUCAUGAUCCCCACGUAGGGGUCCCUGCCCUGACUGCUGGGUCAACUGCUUCUUGGACCAGCGAUGCUCUGAUUGUGCCCACUUAUCCUCCCACCUUUUCUUACCUGGCUAAACUCAAAAAAAGGCUCACCAACAACUACAGCUCGAGACUUCAAACCCCUCUCGUAACCCUUGGCCAUUGUUGUCCUUGUCUUGGGUCAGACAACCACUGGUGACCUCUCCUCAGGAUGGUCAUAUUGACAUGGAAGUCAAUUCGGUUCUAAACUCACCACUCUGGUCUCUUUAGGGUACCCUUCCUACUUCAGUCGUCACCUGCAACGCCUUAUCAGGCAUCUCGGGCUGUUUGUUCUCCUCCUCGUCAUUCAAGAACAUGUUCAUCAUCUCCUGACAGGGUUCCCAGGCGUGUGUGAUCUUCACCGAGGGCCGCCUCUUGCGCUUCAGCGCCUAGUGUUGCUACCUCUAAGGUUGAGGAGCAGCCACUCUCCACCUCUAAGGAUCGGAUCCUGUGGAUCAUGAAUGUCCUUAAACUUAAGGAUCCUGUCCCACUGCCUUCUGCGAAAUGCUUCUUCAAUCCCAAGAUUACAAUGCCAUCUUACACAAUCCCUGUUCAUCAUUUGGUCUCUGGGAUUCUUGUGCUGUUGCAGCAGGCUUUGGAUGAGGUCACCAUUAAGGAUUCACUGCCCAAACCCUGCCAUCACGUCGUCCAGCUUUAAAUAGCAUGGGACUUUGUUUCCAACUUUGGCGUCUUCCCUUGAUGCAGGCAAUGCUAAGACAUUGGGUCAUUCCAUGUCCUCACGCCUCAAGACAGAUGAUAGAUCCCUCACCGUCCGUCGACUCUGACAUUCAUUUGUCCCUCCUGCCAUUGUCGCUUAUUACGACCUUCGUUCAGUGAAUUGGCCUGCAGAAAACCUGUCGAGUGUUUACUUAUCCUGCAUUACUCCUUAAUGCAUUAACUGCUUUUUCUUGACAGAGAGAAAGAGCUGUGUGAAGAUCCUGCUUGCAGAAGUUGUUUCAACUAGCUAUGAGGCCAACCCUAUCACACAGCAGCAGGGCUCUAACUGAAAGUGGCUAUCAAUGUUAAAAGCUGUGAAAUUAAUAUUGCUAUCACAUAAAAUCAUGUUUAACACAUUAAUGUGUAAUGUUUGGUAUAUAAGACACUUUGCCCAACCCCCCAAGUGGUACCAAAAACAUAUUGUGACCAAAGACAAGUUCUGUUUGUUCUUUCUUUCUUUUGAGUAAUUGCAUUACUACAUAUUGUGAGGGGAACUACAGUUCGAGAAACUCUUGUUGCAACGUAAUUUCAGACCCAACGUUACCUGUAAUCAGCCAUAGUGGUGAUGUAUUACGGGACAUGUGAAAUUGACACACCCUGGGUUGAAGACAAAGUGGCAGUCUUGUUGAGUCCGUGUUCUGGCCUGCCCACUCAAUUGCAAAUGGGGAUAUGCAGUAGAUCCAACCCUCUGUCCUACCGUGGGAUACUUGCAUACUGUUGGGUUAAAAAAUAUAGGGAAUCAAAGUAUUCCCCUUAUUUAUAUACUUCACGAAGUCUGUUGUCCUUCCAUC